AUGGCACCCCUAGGCGAGAACCUUAGGAACCUAGCCCCGCUACUGACCAGGCUCGAGCAGCCGUUCACGAGCAAUCAGCUCCGCACCCACCUUGAGGAGUGGGAAGCGCACUACUUCAAGCUCGACCCCGAGUUCGUGCCCAACACCACGACGUGGCCCGCAGAACAAUUCGUGAAAACGCUACCAGAGACCGUCGAGGCUGCGGUACUGCUCGUCUGGAAGCAGGGAACGCAGCACACUUGGGACGAGAUGAGGCGUAUCGUGCUCUGCGGCGGGCGUAAUAUGGAUUAUCACGAGGCCGUCGUGUGCUGGGAGUCCUGGUGCGAGUACUGUGCUUGUCCUUGCCACGAGGGCAAGGCGUUCUCCGAGCUACCGGUCUGCGACGCAAUGGCCGCGGUCAACCACCCCUCCAGCGGAAACCCCAUGGUCCCUCCCCCGCCGACUGCGCUCCGGCGUCCAAGGCACAUUCCCCGCCUGCCCGGCGCCCGUGCUCAGGGAACCGUGACCACCGCAGCGCUUUGGGUCCACCUGAGUACGACUGCGUCCUUCACACCACCGGUCGAGCCGACAGCUCCAGGUCCGUUGCCACUCGCAACAGUGCUUGUCUCGGCGGACGCAACGCACUGCGUCGUCAACGACCGCUCCUUGCUCGCGGGGCUGCGGCGCAUCGUGCUGCCGGUGGUAGCGUCUACCGGGAUCUCAGGAAACGAAGAUGCGGCCGCGCUCCACGAGGGCAUCCUCGUGCUGUGGCGCAGCGACAUCCAAGCUGGUAUUGUGGUCGAGAACGUGCUCUACGCGCCCGACUCGCCGAUCAGCGUGCUCACGGCCGACGCGUGGCUGUGCCACCAGCUCCGCUUGGGCAGCAGCGGCGCCCUCCGCGCGCCACUGUAUGCCCUCAAGCACUUCUUCCCCGUGCCCCGGUACCCCGUUGACGGCAGCUGCUGUAGCCUGUUCCAGGUGGCCCAGAGGGCGGCCUGCCCCGACCCGGCGUCGUUGCGGCAAGUGGCGUUGGUGCACUUGCAGCCCCCGCCAUCGACCGCCGAGGACGGGGAGAGUAGCUCCACAGUUGCAUGA